UUUGUAGGGCAAGUCUGUAAAGAAUUAGUAUUCAUUAUAUCAAAGUAAAUGACUAAAAUGAGGCAAUUACUCCUUUUAGCGUUCUUUAUCCCCGCAGGUAUUUGUAGCUGAUUUUUAUACGAAUUAGAAUAUUUCAUACCAUGUUCACUGAAAACUAUACUAUGAAUAUAUUAGUGUUUUGAUUACGGGUCUUUUAUACUAAUGCAUUGCCGAUGUCAGUAAUCUAGUAAUGAAUGAUAUUUUGGUACGUCUUGAUGAAUUACAUUCAAUUUAUCUCUAUGCACUUUCAUUUCAAAGAAACAUUGGCAUAUUUUCCAGUAACCCUGACAACGCAAAGCACUUCAACACAUUUUGGUGGAACGAUUGUAAAAUAUCUGUCAGUAGUGGCGUUGUCACAUCGCGGGGAUGCGCCAAUGACAAAGAUACUCAAUAUGCCUGUUCUUCAGUUAACAACAAGAUUAACUGCAGAUCGGUAUGCAAUACAGAUGGCUGUAAUCACGGAUCUACAAAACGGAGCAAUACGUUGUUCUAUAUAUUUAUGACUGCAUUGUCAAUGCUGCUUCAUCAAAUUCUAAUGUAGCUUACAUUGUCAAUAGAUUCAAAAUGAAAUGAUUAUUCUCAUUAGUGUUGUGUAGCUGUAGCCUAUAUAUAUACGUCGUGUUGCGUACGUAUUGAGUUUUUCUUUAAAUUGGAUAUAUUAUUCAAUUAUUGACAUUUCAUUAAAACUCUGGCAAAGUUCGGUAUUUGAGGUCACUAUUUGCCAUAAACUGGCCAUAUUGACAUAUAUAUGCGAUAUUCAGAAUCCAAAAAUACUUUAAAAAUGUAUCAUUGUUACUUGUUUAACAAUUGUUCAACGAGUUUAGAACAAUAAAAUAAAAGUACAGCAAUUGCAA